UGCCCCGAGCACAGAUCCAAACUAUAUGAAGAAGGUUACAUUUUUGGUGCCGACAAAUGUGAACAUGUUGUUCGAUUUAGUUGGAGUGGCCAGCUAUUUGCGCGCUUUGGUGACCGAGGAGGACCUGCGAAAAAUGAACUAGGUCGAUGAAUCGUGCCUCUUUAACGAGGCCCAGCAGGCUAUGAACCGGGCCUCCGUACUUCACCACGAAAGCUUUCUUCGAUAAGGAUGGAGGUGGACCGUCUCGGGGAUAGGCUCCGAGACCAGACCCAACAGACGGAGUCAUACAAACGACUCUACGAACAACGAGAGGAGUACAUCAGAGGUAUGCCCGACCCCUCCACCCUUCAAUCAGAUUUGGAGAAAACCCGAGAAGAACGGGACCUCCUGGCCGAGAAGGUAAGGAUUUUUGAAGUUUACAACAGUCGGUUAACAGCUGAUGCUAAUACCACUACUUCUCAGGCCAGGGAGAAAGUCACCCAGAUCGAGCAACUCUGGUCCGAGCUUGAUGAACUCAAGGCUGAGCUCGGAGCCUUCAAGAGCAAGACGGACGGCCUGGCUUCAGAGAAGGACUCCCUUAAGGAGGGUUUAGCGUCGCUCAAGCAGAAGCUCCGGGUAGCAGUGGAUAAGGCCGAUAAAUGGUCUCAGCUCAAUGGAGAACUCCGGGAGAAGCUUACCUCGGCUGAGUCAGAGCGUGACACUCUUGGCCAUGAGAAUACCGAGCUGAAGCUCAAACUCAAUGAAGCCUUGGAAUAACUCUCUGAUGUUGAUGACAUGUUGGCUCAGUACAAAGCCGAUGUCGAAGCGACAGAAUGACGGAGUAGUGACAGAGCUGAAUAUAUGUGUUGCUUAUCCCGAAGGGAAGCACUGGAGGAGGUCCAAUCCUAGGGAGUAGACGUAGCGGCCGAGCUCGUAGUGUCCAGGAGGCUCGAGGCGGAGGCAAAGGCCAAGUAUCAGCCCGAAGGGUCAGACAGUGAUGCUGAUUCAGAUUGAGGUUCCGGUGGCUCUGAUGAAGAAUAGGCUUAGAAGCCUUAGAUUGUUGUUUCUUUAUGUAAUUUUCUUUUUGAGUUUGAGGCCAUUUUUUGGGCCUUUGUAAAUAUUUUGAAUAUAUAUAUAUAUGAAUG